ACUAGUAGAACAUUCAACUCGCGUAUGCACAAAACGAAAACACGUAUUUUGCAAGAGCAAAUAAGUUGAGCCAUAAGCCACGCAAUGCACAACGGGCCAAGCGAUGCUGCUUCAUUGCACCGGGGUCGUGGCGGGAUACAGCCGGCCAGAAGCACCUCGACUGGCGUCGCCAUAAACAUUGAGAGCGACAACGACGGUGACGACAAUGAGUCAACGACAGCUGAACAUGACUACCUGCUGCCUGCGCCGACGCCGGCGCCGCCCUUGUCGCUGAUGACCUCGGCCCAGCCAAUGACAGGGGCUAGCACAAGCACUAGCAUCAAUUUGGAGCAUGCACCACAGCUACAGACAGCAGCACGCAGCAGCAGCCUCACUGGCAGUGGUCGUACCACUGGUGCCAACAUACUAACCUCGCUGCUGGCCCGACAGCGCUCCUUUACGCCCGUAAGUAGCACACCGGCCCGUGCUACCUCUCAGAUGAACCGUCGUCUGCAGCAGUCGCGUAGCGUUGGCGCCAACAGUGGCAGCAUUGGCGCCAACAGCGGCAGCAUUGAGGAGCCGCCAACGCCCGCUGGCGUCACCACGCCAGCGAGCAUGCGCCAACUUGGCUUUUGGCGCGUCAAUUUGAAUGAGAUGUUCUCGCUGUCCACGGCACCGUCCACUGAAGCAGUGCGCUCCUUUAUUGCACAUUCCAACUUUCGGUACCAGCCAACUGCAUCAGCUAGUAAUGUUGCACCACAAACAGCUGCAGCUGCUGGAGCCACUGGCUCCGUUGAUAAUACGCACAUUUUGAUGAACCAGCCGUUGGGCGAGCCGGAAGCAUCGCAGGCCAGCACCAGUGCGUCCAUUCCGCCGCGCGUGGGCGCCAACAACAGCGGCAUGGGCCGAAGCGUAUCGCUGCGCGAAGGUGAAAUGCAACAGCAACAACAGCAGCAAGGACAGCAACAGGCACGCCUCAGUCUAAAUGGUCGUAAUGCCAGCGUCAUUGGUCUCACAUCGCCAGCAUCAGCGGCGGCUGAUGCAACACAUUCCGCUGACACUCCUGAUGGCGGCGGUGCAGUCUCUGAGAGUGGUCCGGGCACACCCAAUGGUGGCAAUGGUGAUGCUGCACCGGGUGCGCACGAGAAUAAUGCCGACGAUGAUAAUAUUGUUACGGACAUGGUGGUGCAGCUGCUGAGUCACUUUGUGCGCUAUUUGCCCAUCAUUUGCAUACUGCUGAUCAAGUUCAUGCACGAUCAUCUGUUGGGCAUACUCGAUCUGCUGAUUCUCCAGACCAUCAUGUACAAUAUGAAUCGGUCACUGAGGCUUCAGGUCUCACAACUGGCCCAAAAGAAAUAUGCCGUCCUGUUGCGCGAUGCAUGUUUCAUUACGGUGACGGUCGCAGUGCGUCUGUAUUUGGCUACAAUGCCGCCAGAUCCGUUGGGUUUGAUUGUGCCGCCGCCGACGAAAUCCUAUCAGACCAUUGAUGUAUCCACAACCCACUACAGAACGAUUGACGGCAUUGACAUUCCGAUCCUCGAUAAUCCGACAACAACGUUCGAGGAAUCGUUCAAGGACUCGAAUGAGACUGCCGCUCCCAAAAUCAUUCCAUUGGGCAUACUCCUCUACUAUGUGGCCGUCAGUGAUCUGCUGCUCAAGCUGCUCACCAUUCUCAUCAAGAUCGGCGUCACCCUACUGCCCAUCAAUGUGAUACGCCUGAAAGUGCGAGCACGUCUUUACGUUCUAGUAGAGUACACAUCGCAAUUCUAUCGCGCCCUCGUCCCCAUGUCUCAGUGGUUUAUGUUUCUGUACGAGUCAUACUCGGGCCUGGAGGUCAUCUCGGGUGGACUCUUCUCAUCCUUGUACCUCGGCGCUAAGAUCUUUGAGCUGCUCGAACGUGGAAAAUCACUAAAGAAAGCCAUUACAACAUUUAGACGCAAUAUUGACUCAGAGCGGCCACCCACAAAGGAUGAACUAGAUGCCGCUGGCUCUGUGUGUCCCAUUUGCCAUGAUGCGUAUAAAUCACCCAUUUUAUUGGAGUGCGGACAUAUAUUCUGUGAUGAGUGCGUCCAGACGUGGUUCAAGCGCGAGCAAACUUGUCCAAUGUGCCGGGCCAAGGUCAGCGAUGAUCCGGCCUGGCAGGAUGGCAGCACCACCUUCUUCCAUCAACUCUACUAGGCCAGCCAACUGGAAAUAACAGUGCCUAGGAAUUUAUCUAUUCUAUCUAUCCUAUCUAUCUAUGCCUCUAAAUCGUUCAAUCCAUUUAUAUAUAUAUUUGUGUGUGUAUAUAGCUUAUAAGUCGACAUUCUUUGCGAAUGCUUGCACAUUUGUUUAUUUAGAUUAACAGUUAUUAAUUAUUAACUAUA